AUGUAUUGGUUCGUAUCCAGUUUGAUGAUCAACAGUCAGACACCUGAGAAAGUGAAUGCCAUUAGAGAAUGGACGUUUCCUCGUACCGAAACCGUGCACCUAUCGUUCAUGUGCAAAUAUGCUUACCGCAACAUGAAAAUCUUGAGAAAUUUAUUACGCUGCGUUAAAAGUAUUAUUAGAUAUACCUCUCGUAACCUGCAUUUUCAUAUUUUUCUCGACAAACCGAGCAAAAUGAGAGUAAAAAGAACUCUCAAAAAAAUAAUCAGAGAAACUGGUCGCACAUUUUCGAUAAGUUUUUACGAUAUUAAUAACAUUAUAGAAAAGUCACAAGAUUUUAUCAAAAUAAUGAGGAAGUUCUUCUUCACCAAAGAUGUCGGUCGUUAUAAUGAUGACAUAUUUUUCAUCUCAGAACUGAUUCAUCACAUCUUGUCUAUCGAUAAAGUUAUUAUGAUCGAUCUAGAUUUGAUUUUCAAUGCUGACAUUGGCGAUCUUCAUCGUCAUUUUCACAAGUUUUCUCCUACAAAUGUGAUAGGAUUAGCUAACGACUUGCAACCCCAGUAUCGUGUAGAUUUCCAAUUUUAUAGAAAAUUAAAUCCUCAAACGUCGGUGGGUGCUCCAAGACCGGGUAAACAAGGUUUCAAUACUGGAGUUGUUCUUUUUCAUCUAAAGAAAAUGCGUCAAUCCGAAUUAUAUAAUUCGUUACUCAACCAUACUGCUAUAGAAUAUCUGUGCAAAAAAUAUUAUUUUGAAGGAUAUUUAGGUCAUCAAGAUUUCUAUACCUUAACAGGAAUGGAAUAUCCAGAAUUAUACUACGUUUUAGACUGUACAUGGAAUAGACAAUUAGAUACUGGAUGGAAUAACAGCGUGGAUAAAAAUAUUUUCGAUCUCUAUCAUGAAUGUAACGGUAAGAUAAAGGUAAUACAUGGCAAUGGAGAUGCCUUUAUGCCUUAUUAG